GCUUCUUUCAGCAGCAGCAAAACUUGGUCAGACACCUCGGUAGCUUGUUAGACAAAAUAGCCGAACCAAUAAAGCUCUUUAGACGCUUUAGUGUAUAUUACCCACUGUGUUUUAAACCCUCGUAUGUCGUCUAGUUAGUAAUCCUAUUUCAUGUUAUAUUUACGGUGUUGUUGUUAUUAUUCAGCUGCCGGGCUGGUUAAGUUAGCAUUAGCAUUAGCCUAGCUAGCUAACAUCUCCGACCAUGAGUUCACUAAGUUACUCUCUUCCUGCUGAAGAAGAGGCGGUCUGCUGGACUGAGAAAGAAGUUCUCGUCAAAGAGGAGGAGGAAGAGAAGGAUGUUACAAUACAAAAACAAGUAGAGGGUGAGGCUGUUACAGGGAAAGAAGAAGAGAAAGACGUUACAGUGAAAGAAGAGGCGUUCAGAGUGAAAGAGGAGGAGGAUGUUACAGUAAAAGAUGAGGAGGAUUCAGUUGUUGAAGUGAAAGAGGAGAGGGAGAUUACGGACUCAUCGGAAGAGGAGGAAACUGGAUAUCUGGGCCCGAUUUCCCAAACUCAAUUUAAGGCAUCCAGUGGUUCUAAAUAUGAACUUAGCCAUAAGAUGGUUUUGAGAAACCGGGCCGUGAUUACCACUGGAGAGAGACAUGACUGUCGUGGAUCCUCCAGGGGACCUCAACAACCUCAUGAUGCUGACGAGGCAGAGAAGAGUCUCUCCACAUCGAAACACCAGCAAAGACCCACAGGGAAGAAAUCUCACUUCUGCUCUGACUGUGGGAAGAGUUACUCAAGAUCAGAUUCACUUAAACUACAUAAGAGAAUACACACAGGAGAGAAACCUUAUAGCUGUGAUCAAUGUGGAAAGAGUUUUACUACAUCUAGCUCUCUGACUUCACACCAGAGAACACACACAGGAGAGAAACCUUAUAGCUGUGAUCAAUGUGGGAUGAGUUUUACUACAUCAAGCCAUCUGAUUCGACACCAGAGAACACACACAGGAGAGAAACCUUAUAGCUGUGAUCAAUGUGGGAGGAGUUUUACUACAUCAAGCCAUCUGAUUCGACACCAGAGAACACACACAGGAGAGAAGCCUUAUAGCUGUGAUCAAUGUGGGAAGAGUUUUAUGACAUCUAACUCUCUGACUAUACACCAGAGAACACACACAGGAGAGACAUCUUAUAGUUGUGAUCAAUGUGGGAUGAGUUUUACUACAUCAAGCCAUCUGAUUGUACACCAGAGAACACACACAGGAGAGAAAUCUUAUAGCUGUGAUCAAUGUGGGAAGAGUUUUACUUCAUCUAGCUAUCUGACUAUACACCAGAGAACACACACAGGAGAGAAACCUCAUAGCUGUGAUCAAUGUGGGAAGAGAUACUCUGAUAAAAGAUCUCUGAUCAAACAUCAGAAAAUACAUUCAUGA